CACAAGAUAUGAACCAGCAACUGAACCACACUCGUUCACAACGUGUACGAGCUGCAAUGUUUCCAGAAACCCUGGAAGAAGGCAUUGAAAUACCAUCAACCCAGUUUGACCCUAGCCAACCAACUGCUGUUCAGCGUUUAUCAGAGCCUUCGCAAAUGUUAAAGCAUGCCGUAGUUAAUCUGAUCAACUAUCAGGAUGAUGCUGAUCUUGCAACUCGAGCUGUCCCUGAAUUGAUUAAACUACUUAAUGAUGAAGAUCAAGUUGUAGUUAGUCAAGCUGCUAUGAUGGUUCACCAACUAUCCAAAAAGGAAGCUUCACGUCAUGCCAUAAUGAACUCGCCCCAGAUUGUUGCAGCUUUAGUACGUGCUAUGUCAACAUCUAACGAUUUGGAAACAACACGCUGUGCUGCAGGUACUCUGCAUAAUUUAUCACAUCAUCGCCAAGGUUUACUUGCUAUCUUCAAAUCUGGUGGAAUUCCUGCACUGGUCAAACUAUUAAGUUCUCCUGUUGAAUCAGUAUUAUUCUAUGCCAUCACUACUUUGCACAAUCUUCUGUUGCAUCAAGAAGGAUCAAAGAUGGCAGUGAGACUAGCUGGAGGACUCCAGAAGAUGGUGGCUUUAUUGCAGCGCAACAAUGUCAAGUUCUUGGCUAUUGUAACAGACUGUCUUCAGAUCUUGGCUUAUGGAAAUCAAGAAAGCAAGCUGAUAAUCCUAGCAAGUGGAGGUCCAGCAGAAUUGGUGAGAAUAAUGCGAUCCUACACUUAUGAGAAACUUUUAUGGACCACAUCCCGUGUUCUGAAGGUUCUUUCUGUAUGUUCAAGUAACAAGCCUGCUAUUGUUGAAGCUGGUGGCAUGCAGGCUUUGUCCAUGCAUCUCGGCCAUCAGAGUCAACGAUUGGUAUUAAACUGCUUAUGGACACUUAGAAACUUAUCUGAUGCAGGUACUAAACAGGAAAGUAUUGAUACUCUGAUUCAUGGACUAGUGCAGCUCCUAGGGAGUAGCGAUAUCAAUGUGGUGACCUGUGCAGCUGGCAUUCUAUCAAACCUAACCUGUAACAAUCUCCGUAAUAAGAUGUUAGUGUGUCAGGUUGGAGGUAUUGAAAAUUUGGUUCGCACCAUCAUUCAGGCAGGAGAUAGAGAAGAAAUAACAGAACCUGCAGUUUGUGCCCUCCGUCACUUAACCAGUCGUCAUCCUGAGGCUGAAAUGGCUCAAAAUGCUGUUCGACUUCAUUAUGGACUUCAGGUUAUUGUUAAGCUUUUACAUCCACCAAGUCGUUGGCCUCUUAUUAAGGCUGUGAUUGGGUUGAUCCGUAACCUAGCCCUGUGCCCAGCUAACCAUGCUCCUCUUCGUGAACAUGGAGCAAUACCUCGUCUUGUACAGCUGUUGUUUAAAUCUUACCAAGACACUCAGAGGCAAAGGUCCAGUGUGGCUUCCAACAACAGUCAAUCAUCUUAUGCAGAUGGUGUUCGAAUGGAAGAGAUUGUAGAGGGUACUGCUGGUGCAUUACACAUUCUGGCUAGGGAAGCUCAUAAUCGUGCUAUAAUAAGAGGGUUGCAGGUCAUCCCUGUUUUUGUUCAGCUAUUGUACAGUGAAAUAGAAAAUGUCCAGAGAGUUGGAGCUGGGGUUUUGUGUGAGCUGGCCACAGACAAGGAAGGAGCAGAGAUGAUAGAAGCAGAAGGAGCAACAGCUCCACUUACAGAGUUACUUCAUUCACGUAAUGAAGGAGUUGCUACUUAUGCAGCUGCAGUAUUAUUUAGAAUGUCAGAGGACAAACCUCAGGAUUAUAAAAAGAGGCUCUCAAUGGAACUGACCAACUCUAUCUUCAGGGAAGAAAGUGCACCAUGGGGUGGAACACCUUACUCAUUUUUCCAGGCAGCAGACAUAGACAUGAACAUGCUUGGUCCUGAUGAAGCAUACCACGAUCAGAUUUAUCAAGGUAGCCAAGGUCCACCAAGUGUCCAUUCAUUGGGUGGUCGACACAAUCCUUAUGCCCAGCAAGGUUUUGACACACAGGUCCCUAUUGAUUCCAUGCAAGGACUGGAUCUUGGUGGCCCUCAAGGAGGUGGGACUGGAUAUGCUCCUAUGGGCACUGAAAUGGAUUUAGGGUCUCCAAGUGAUUUGAACUUUGAUACUUUAGAGCCUACUCUGCCCCAUCCCUCUUCCCAGCAAGAUGCUAGUGGUCAGCUGACUGCAUGGUAUGAUACUGACCUCUGAGUUAUUGAAAACUGAUCAAUUUUUUUAUUUUUUUACUAGGAAGGCAGCUAGUUAUGAAGUAGUGCUUCCAUCAUUCCUUCUUUCCAGACUGCUUUUUGUUAAAAGGUUCUUUCUCAUAAAAUAUAGUUUAGUUUAUCAUAUUAAAAGUGAACCAAAUUUAUAUAUUGAGGAAAAAAAAACAGCAUAUUGCAUUUUGAAAUGUUUCUGAACAAGUUUCAAGGAUAUUGAUAUCAUCCAAGGAAAGUUUUUCUUGCAUUACAAUAAUUACUUAAUGUAAGAUAUAGGUGGCUGCAUUGAUAUUUCAACUUUUCUACUUGUUAAAAUAGCCUCUCUUCUGUCUGCCAUUUUAGUUUUUGACAUUAUAUAAACUUUCACAUCUAACUGUAAAUGUACAUAAAUUAUAACUAUUAUGCAUUAGGAACUUUAGAUGCCCUUUAUUUCCUAAAUUUUCUAUAUAUUAAAGCAAAAUUUUGUAUGUCAUAGGGCUGUGUGUAAUCUGUUUAAACUUUCUUGGUUUAUAAGGCAGCUUCCUGAUUUUUAUUGAAUUGAGGAAUACACUAAGAAUUUACCUUUGACAUGUUGAUACUUCUCAUGGCUCAAAUAUACCAAAGACAGUGCUGAUAACAAAAUUUUUUUUAGUGUGUAUACAGGGAGGACAAAAUUUUAAAGAAAGAUAAGAAUUCAAAUUUAGUCAAGCAUUGUUCAGUAAGUAGUUGUUGAUAUACAUGGAUCACAUUCUGUCAUACAGAACUUAAAACUGGCAUCUUCAUAAGUUUCAUUUUUUUUAAACAUCAUGUGCUUCUAUAGAUCUGGAAGAGUCAAAUACACAUUUUAAAACUUGAAAGUUCACAAUAUUUUAGUGUAAAAAAAUAUCAUUCAAGUACUUAAUGAGUUGUGUUUUGUUAUUAAGCUUAGUAAAGGAAGAAGCUGAUGCAUGGUGAGGUUUUGUAGAUUUCCUGUGCCAAGUUUUUCUUUUUUAUAGUGCUUAUUAUGAUACUUAAAACUGCAAGGAGCAGUAUUUAAAUUUUGUUUAUUUUAGUUUUACAGUGAUCCUGAUGGUUUUAAGACUGGAAAUUUAUUUCUGAUUAUGUGAGGCCACUGAUAGUUUAAUAUUUGAAAGCAUUACUUGUGUAUUUUAUUUGCUAUAUAUACAUAUUUUUUUUAAUGUGUUUUUUUAGUACACAAUCACUGUAGCACUGUUUAGUCUCCAUAGCUGAAAAAUGGUUUUCAUUUUCAUAGUUUGUUUAUUACAGGAGACAAAUCAUUCCAGCUCACAUUUUAAUAUGACAUUUAAAGAGCGACAGUAGGUCACUCACUAUCUUGGUGCAUAAAAGAUUUGUAAUAGUGUGUUGUGACUUAGGGUUUAGUGUCUUUUUCUGUAAAGUGAUUUUCAUAGAUGGGACUUGGACAAGAUGAAUACAAACUAAAGGUUCUUAUAGUAUCAAGCUGAGAAUGUAUUCUUUUUUCUAACAAAAUCUAAGACUGGAUUGUAGAGUUACUGUUAUCUACCUUUUGACAGGAGGCUUUGAUGGAUGGCUAUGUGAGGUUGGAUGAUGAAGAUAAAACAAUGUCAUAGUUGUGUAAGCUUUACUGUUUAAUUCAAAGAUUUAAUUUUGUGUCAAAACCAGAUAAAUAGUGUUUUUGUUUUCAUUUUGACCAAUCAAUAUUAUAGUUCAAAUUGUUUGUGUGUGUGUGCCCCCUCCCCCAAGAUAUGGCUGUUACCUAAAGCUCUGGUAGUCUUAGGUCAUGGUUAAUUGUCUCAAUGGGUAAAAUCAAUGAUGCUCUUUUAUGUAAUAGAAAUGUUUGUAACAGUGUAUUGACCAACUUAAAAGUACCUAACUGGUACAAGCCAUUAUUGUAUCUUUAAGGAAUAAUUUGUCUCCUGAUUUAUCUUCUCAGAGUGUAUUGUUUAUGUGUUGUCCAUGAAUACUGUUAAUGUUUCUAAUAAAGUGCUUCCAUAUA